AUGGCUGACACAGAGAACCAUCCCCAGGAGCAAACGCCCCGGUCACCCUACGAAAAUGUCCGCACCACCGGGCGAGCCUUCCACUCGCCUAACUGGCGUACAAAGGGCUCUUCAGCCCCGGACUCUCCCUCGCUGCGCUCGAAUAACCCCCGCGUGGCCUUUAGCCGACCAGGGUCCCAUGUGCCCCAGGCCAUUGCGGAAGGGCGCCGCUUAUACGUGGGCAACAUGCCGUACACGGCCAAGUCAGAGGAUGUGGAGGCAUUGUUCACGGCCGAAUUUUCCAUCGAGCGCAUUGAUAUCGCCAUUGAUCCUUUCACCGGUCGGAACCCGUCCUACUGUUUUGUCGAUCUCAACACCAAGGAAGAUGCCGAACGGGCCAUGACCGAGCUCGACGGUCGAGACCUGCUGGGCCGGCCCGUCAAGAUCAAGCCCGGGGUCUCCAAGUCGGCGGAUCGCACUCCAGAUCAAACCCGAUCACCAUUUGCGCUCGACCGCUGGCGCCGCCAGGGCAACCCCAGUUUCGCCAAAACCCACAGCGAUUCCAGCAAACGGGUUUAUGUCGGUGGUCUGCCCCGAGUGACGGAACACCAAGAUGUCGAGACCGGCGUCCACGCCUUUUUCACAGGACUCCAUGUAGAGAAUAUCAGCAAGCUCUUCACCCCUCACCCGGCCAAACGGUUCGAACCCGGUGACCACUACUACCUCUUCGUGGACUUCCAUAGCGUAGAGGAAGCCCAAGAGGCCAUGGAUUCACGGAGCGGCCAGGAGGGACCAUGGGGGAAUCCGCUCCGAGUGCAACGGGCCCGGGGCCCACGAGAGGAGCGAACUGAGACCGAGCCCUAA